AUGGCUGCGGGCACGCCCGGCGGCGAGCCGACCGUUGGGUCUGAUACUCCCCGUUUGCGGGGCAAGGCAACUCCUGAAACGCUCAAAACUGGGUGUAUCGCGUGGGUGGAAAAGGAAGGACAGCCGCGGCGCGCCGAGAUCCUCAGCAUCAAGGAGACAAAGAGCGGCAAGCAGUUCUACUGCAACUUUGACAACUUCAACAAGCGACUGGACGAGUGGGUCCCCGUGGCGAGGAUCGACUUCACCCAAGAUGUGGAAUGGCCGAAUCCCGAGAAGGAGAAGUCGAAGGAAAGCAAGUCCAAAAAGGCGCCUUCGGCGCCCAAGAAGGCGCAAGUCUCCAAGAAGGCCCAGAAACGCCCCGGAAAGCGUGAGCAAUCAGUACAGUCGGAGGCGACCACCCCUCAUCCGUGGUCAGAAUUCGUUGAGCUGCAGGGCCAGCGAAAAUCUUCUUCAGUAGGACUCGAUGGCGAUUCCCAGGCACGAGCCAGCGUUGAAGCGAGCGCGACACCCGCCGGGGCGGACGAGAUGGACAUUGAUGACAAGGAGGAAGACAGCAAGAAGGAGGAGGGAGCCUUCAACCGAGAAGAUGAGAUUGAAAAGUUGCGGACAUCGGGAUCCAUGACGCAGAACCCGGCCGAGAUCUCCCGCAUCCGAAAUAUAUCCAAGGUGCAGUUUGGGAAGAACGACCUGUUCCCUUGGUACUUUUCGCCGUACCCCGAGGCCUUUGGCCAAGAAGACGUCAUUUUCAUAUGCGAAUUUUGCUUGAGCUACUACGGCGAUGAACACGCGUUCACACGACACCGGAAGAAGUGCACGCUGCUGCACCCGCCAGGCAACGAGAUCUACCGAGACGAUUACGUAUCCUUCUUCGAAAUCGACGGCCGGCGACAGAGGACGUGGUGUCGGAACCUUUGCCUGCUGUCAAAGAUGUUCCUUGACCACAAGACACUCUACUACGACGUGGACCCGUUCUUGUUCUACGUCAUGGCGACGCGGAGCGACAAAGGAUGCCACAUUGUGGGAUACUUCUCCAAGGAGAAAGAGAGCGCGGACGGGUACAACGUGGCGUGUAUCCUGACGUUGCCACAGUACCAGCGCAAGGGGUUUGGCAGACUGCUCAUUCAGUUCUCGUAUGAGCUGUCCAAGAUUGAGGGCAAGCUGGGGUCGCCAGAGAAGCCGCUCUCAGAUCUGGGGCUGCUGAGUUAUCGUCAGUACUGGUCCGAGAACAUAUUGGACGUCUUGCUGGGGUACAACGAGCGAGACGACAAGGUGACGAUUGAAGGAAUCUCGACUGCGCUGGCGAUGACGACACAGGACGUGGAGCACACGCUGCAAGCAAUGAAGAUGCAGGUGUACCACAAGAGCGACCACAAGAUCGUCAUCCCCGAGAAGCUCAUCAAGCAGCGUGAGAAGCAGAGACUGAAACAGAAGCGGGUGCUGGAUCCGCUGAGGAUACAGUGGAAGCCGCCUGUGUUUACGGCGUCGAGCCGGACGUGGGGUUGGUGA